CGUGCAUUUCCUUAAACAAAAUUUUUCAUAAUUUUUUUUUCAUUAUGCUUCGAAAGCAAGAAGGAAGAAUAUGUAAAGUUUGCUAAACGAAUGUUUAAAAAUAAUUACAACAUUGUGCCUCUAUGAUUUUAUUUACUCGCGAAGUCAACAUGAAAAGUAUUCUUAAAGAAAACAGAAGGCGAACAUUGUAUCGAUAACAUUAAAAGUCGGUUUUAGAUGAUGUGGAAUUAAUUUUACUACAUAUGUUUUGUUAUAGCAAUGAGAUAUAAGGAAAUUAUGACAAAAUUUUGAGUAAUGUUAACCAUUCUUUCUCGCAGGAAUUAUUUCACUUCAUGUUAUUCUUUGCAAAAGGCAUACCAGGAGUGGGUCAAAAUAAGAAUGAGAGACGAAUCCGUUCCACCAAGCAGAGAUAAUCCAGUGAUCAUGAAACUGGACGAUCCGUUAUUUAAGUCUUUAUUUACACCAGAACUUACCACAUUGUCCGAGUUAUUUAAGAAACGAAAUUAUGAAUUAAGAAUUGCUGGUGGCGCUGUCAGAGAUAUUUUGAUGGGUACCAAACCAACAGAUUUAGAUUUUGCGACCAUUGCUACUCCGGAUAAAAUGAAGGCCAUGUUCAAAGAAGAAAACAUUAGAAUAAUCAAUGAUAAUGGAGAAAAACAUGGUACAAUUACUUCAAGGAUUAACGAUAAGGAAAAUUUUGAAAUAACCACACUCAGAAUUGACACAAUUACCGAUGGUAGACACGCAGAGGUUGAAUUUACGGAAGAUUGGAAGUUGGAUGCUCGUCGUAGAGAUCUUACAAUAAAUUCUAUGUAUCUUGAUCUGGAUGGACGAGUAUAUGAUUAUUUUUUUGGCUACGACGAUUUGCAAAUGAGAAGAGUCGUUUUUGUUGGAAAUCCAGUUACUAGAAUACAGGAAGAUUAUCUUAGGAUACUUAGAUAUUUCCGUUUUUAUGGAAGAAUUGCGAAACAACCAGAUGUUCAUGAGGAAGAAACAAUUGCAGCAAUAAAAGAAAAUAUGAAUGGUUUGGAAAGAAUAUCUGGAGAAAGAAUUUGGAGCGAAUGGUCAAAAAUACUUUCUGGAAAUUAUGUCAAGGAAUUGACUUUAAAAAUGUUGGAAUGCGGUAUUGCAAGAUACGUUGGACUACCAGAGAAUCCAGAAUUAAAAAACUUCGAGAUUGUUUGCGAAGUGUCAAAAAAGAACAACAUUUCUUUGUACCCAAUUUCUUUAAUUGCCACAAUGUUGAAAAAUGAAGACGAGGUACUCGCUCUUCAUAAGCGAUUAAAGCUUUCUGCAUUUGAAAGAGAUCUAGCAUUAUUUUUAGUGCGAUUUUGGGAAUAUAAGCCGUCGGACGAUCUGCUGAAACACUAUAAAAGAAUUCUUAUUCAUUGGAAAGGAAAUGCUAAAAACGGAAAAAUUUAUAUUUGCGAAUUACUUAAAUGCAAACAGCUUUUGAAUCUUGCUGCAGACUUUGAGAAAAUUACGAUACCCAGAUUCCCGGUUACUGGGCACAUGUUGAAAGAAAAAAUUAAAAAAGGAAAAACAAUGGGUAUUGUGCUCGAACAACUAAAAGAUAUUUGGUUGGAUAAGAAAUUUGAAGUAACUGCAGAAGAAUUGCUUCAAGAAGUUCCGCGAAUUAUCAGCGAAAUAGAAGAUAAAUUACAGAAAAUAUAAACAGAAACGUUGAAGUCUGAUAUAUUUCUCCCGGCAGUUUUAUCUGCGGUUAUUCGAAACAAUUAUAC